AUGAAGUCUACUCUGCUUCGUAUACCACGUCUGGGCUUCCAGACAGCACGUUUCUCUUCUUCAGCGACUGAUCCUCUAGUUCUGGUGGAGAAGAAGGACAAGUAUGCGAUUGUACGCAUGAAUCGCCCACCUGUCAAUUCGCUUAACACGCCGCUGCUCAAAGAACUUGAUGCGACUAUUAAGAAACUUGAGGAUGACAAGAGCGUGCGUGGCGUCAUCUUAGCAUCUUCGAACCCAAAGAUAUUUUCCGCCGGCCUGGACCUUAUGGAAAUGUAUAGACCUCAGCUAGCCAAAAUGAGUACAUUUUGGACGUCGCUUCAAGAUCUCUACCUCCGUCUAUAUACGACACGUCUUGCUGCUGUUGCUGCCAUUGAAGGUCAUAGUCCAGCUGGAGGCUGUUUAUUGGCCAUGUGUUGUGACUAUCGUAUUAUGACAAGCGGCAAGCCUAUGAUUGGCCUUAACGAGACCCAGUUGGGCAUCGUGGCUCCAUCUUGGUUCCGUGACACAUUCGUUAAUACUAUUGGUCAUCGAGAAGCCGAGAAAAUGCUUGGACUUGGAUUGCAAGUGGACGCAAACAAGGCGAAAGCGAUUGGUUUGGUUGAUGAAGCCGUGGCUUUUGAAGAAGUGUUUCCGCGUGCUGAAGGUGCAAUGGCCAAGUGGCUUGCCAUUCCAGAUAUGGCGCGGGUAAAGACAAAACUACAAAUGCGACAGGAGACGGCAGACCGGCUAAUUGCUACUCGUGAGAAGGAUCUGGAGGCAUUUACCGAUUUUGCACAGACGGAUAAGGUGCAGAAGUCGCUUGAGAUGUAUCUUGCUACUCUUAAAAGCAAAGCAUAG